CUGGAACUCCUCUCCAGGAAGAACAGCCAGAUCCAUCUCUAGUUGGAGGGAAACUGCCAGAUUUUUGUAAGAUUCUUCCUCCUGGGAACCUCUGUUGGAAGCGAUGGUGCUGGGCCUAGGCCCUUUAUUGUUGGUCUUCAUGCUGGGUCUGGUUGUGACCCCACCGACCCUGGCUCAGGAUAACUCCAGGUACAAACACUUCCUGACCCAGCACUAUGAUGCCAAACCAAAGGGACGGAAUGACAGAUACUGUGAAAGCAUGAUGGAGAGACGAGAGCUGACCUCACCUUGCAAAGACACCAACACCUUUAUUCAUGGCAACAAGGGCAACAUCAAGGCCAUCUGUGGAAAUAGAAAUGGAAACCCUCACGGAGAAAACUUAAGAAUAAGCAAGUCUCCUUUCCAAGUCACCACUUGCAAGCAUGCAGGAGGGUCCCCUCGGCCUCCAUGCCGGUACCGGGCUACAGCAGGGUUCAGACACAUUGUUAUUGCCUGUGAAAAUGGCUUACCUGUCCACUUUGAUGAGUCCUUUUUCCGUCUAUAACCAGCAGRCCACUGCUGGCCACUGGCCCUGAGCUGGUUUUGCUUUCCUUUCCUUGAGCUUCCCCUCUAUACUUCAGAAYAGUGACAGCAGUAUUCACUUCCAGGCGCCCAGAAAAUAAGCCAUCUGCAUCUUUUGUGUUUU